AUGAAACUUGAGGCGAUACGUGAAGAUCGCACGCGUGGUGGACGCUCCACGUACCAAUGCUCGUACACAUUGCCCAAUUCGAUGUUGAGUCCGCUAUUGAGUCCGGAACAGCAGGGUGUUGCGGCAGCGGUGGCAGCAGCUGCUGCGGCAGCAGCCAGCCAACAGCAGCAGCACCAGCAACAGGGACGACUUGGCGGUGGCGCGCAAAUGACGCAUUCAAUGUCUGCACAGCAGCAGCAGCAUCAUCACACGCUGAACGGACUGGCUGCGGGUUUGGGUGGUGGGGGGCACGCCACAAUCAAGUCGGAACAGUGUGAUGAAGGAGCUACCGCGCCGGCGCGUGCAACAAACAUUCCUAUGCUGCUGCAGGAAAUCAUGGAUGUUGAACAUCUGUGGCAGUAUAAUGAAGCCGAAUUGGCGCGUCUCAAUCAACCGAUCUCUACAUCGUCUUCCUCCUCUUCCAAUGCCUCUACCGCCUCGACGUCCACUGCGACUGGUGGUGGUGGUGGCGUUGCUGCUGCUGCUAUCAAUACACAAAUGACAAACCCUCUGCUGGCCAGUGCUGGUUUCGGUAACGGUGAAAAUGCCAAUCCCGAUCUUAUUGCACACCUGUGCAAUGUGGCCGAUCAUCGACUGUACAAGAUCGUCAAAUGGUGCAAAAGUUUGCCGCUCUUCAAGCAUAUUUCGAUCGAUGAUCAAAUUUGCUUGCUGAUCAAUUCAUGGUGUGAAUUGUUGCUCUUCUCGUGCUGUUAUCGUUCGAUCGAUACGCCGGGAGAGAUUAAGAUGUCACAAGGCAAGAAGAUUGACUUAGCGCAGGCAAAAUCAAGUGGCUUACAGGCCUGCAUUGAACGAAUGCUGAACCUGACAGAAAACUUGAGACGCCUACGCGUCGAUCGCUAUGAAUAUGUUGCCAUGAAAGUGAUUGUGCUGCUGCAGUCGGACACCAGCGAAUUGCAGGAGCCCGUCAAGGUGCGUGAAUGUCAAGAGAAGGCGUUGCAAGCCUUGCAGGCCUACACGCUUGCGCACUAUCCAGAUACGCCGUCCAAAUUUGGUGAACUACUGCUGCGCAUACCAGAUCUGCAAAAGACAUGCCAGCUCGGCAAGGAGAUGCUCACCAUAAAAUCACGUGAUGGCGGUGAUUUCAAUUUACUUAUGGAACUGCUACGUGGAGAACAUUGA